AUGUCUCAAGAUCAAUACCUACUAUCUGAACGUAAUGUGCCCAACAUUCAAUCAAGUUCUUUUUAUCGAAGAUUUUUAAAUUGGACAGGUGCAAAUUUCUCCGAAGUCGAUGCAAAAAUACCAAAAUGGUACAUUAUGAAGAAGUUGCGUCGUAUAUCUUAUGACACUUUAUGUUGUCUUCAGGAAGCAACUUCUUUUUUUACACGUCGCAAGAACAAGGCACAGUCUUGGAGUAAUUUUUAUGUUGGAUUGGAUGAAUAUUCGACGGAACGUGACUUGAGUGAAAGUGAAAUCUUCCAGCACAUUAUGAAUGAUUUAGUCAAAAUAGUCGACAGCUGUAUCGACAAUGCUAUUCCCUUGAUCGUUGAUGGAAAGCCUAUUCAUGUCGAACCCAACAUGUCGAAACAACCUCCAGUCUACUUCUAA